ACGGCUAUCCCAAGCUAUGCUACAGUACUACACGAUAUACUGUCAAAUAGCCGUUGCCACUUCACCUUCUCUUUUCAAUUUGAAUUUCUCUUCAUCACUCUCACACCACUCUCUCACAACAAUAAGAACGCGAAGGGGAAGAAAGGAAAAAUCACCGAAAAGCAAACAACUCGAAAAGGAUAUCUUUCCUCAGAUUCUCGGAUUUUAUUCUGCUUCUCCCCUCAGCUCAGACUCACCACCACAAGGUUAAAAGAAAAUGAUGCCAAUAACGCCAGAUCAGUGCAGCAAGAAAGUUGGAUCAGGGAUGACGGCGUCACCGUCUCCGUUUCUAACGCCUCGACCAGAACGACGUCGACCUGAUUCAAGAGGCUCGGAUCGGAACUCUAAUAAGAACCACCGUCACGAAAAAGAUAGCGAGACUAACGUCCAAGUUUUACUUCGCUGCAGGCCAUUAAGCGAUGAUGAACAGAAGUCGAAUGUUCCUAAAGUGGUGACAUGUAAUGAAAACAAAAGGGAAGUUACUGUUAUGCAGACUCUAGCAAACAAGCAAAUAGAUAGAGUAUUCACCUUUGACAAGGUUUUUGGACCUAAAGCACAGCAAAGAUCAAUCUAUGACCAAGCAAUUGCACCAAUUGUCAAUGAAGUUCUUGAUGGAUUCAAUUGCACUGUCUUUGCUUAUGGCCAAACUGGGACUGGUAAAACUUAUACAAUGGAGGGUGGGAUGAGAACUAAGGGUGGUGAUUUGCCUGCUGAGGCUGGUGUUAUUCCACGAGCAGUUCGCCAGAUUUUUGACGUUUUGGAGGCACAAAAUGCUGACUACAGCAUGAAAGUGACUUUCCUUGAGCUUUAUAAUGAGGAAAUAACUGAUUUGUUGUCCCCAGAUGACAAUUCUAAGCCCAUGGAAGAAAAACAGAAGAAGCCUAUAAACCUUAUGGAAGAUGGAAAGGGUUGUGUGUUCGUGAGAGGCCUUGAAGAAGAAUCAGUUUACAGUGUAAAUGAAAUUUAUACCCUGUUGGAACGUGGAGCAUCGAAAAGGCGCACUGCAGAGACGCUGCUUAAUAAGAGAAGCAGCCGUUCCCAUUCAGUGUUCACUAUUACUGUCUAUGUGAAAGAAACAGUAAUUGGUGAUGAGGAGUUAAUUAAAUGUGGCAAGCUUAAUCUUGUUGAUUUGGCGGGAUCAGAAAACAUAUUGCGGUCAGGAGCACGUGAGGGACGUGCUAGAGAAGCAGGGGAGAUAAACAAAAGCUUACUCACCCUUGGACGUGUCAUAAAUGCACUUGUGGAACAUUCUCCCCAUGUGCCUUACAGGGACAGUAAGCUUACUAGGAUUUUGAGAGAUUCAUUAGGGGGUAAAACAAAAACAUGCAUAAUUGCUACUAUUUCACCAUCUACUUAUUGUUUGGAAGAAACAUUAAGUACACUAGAUUAUGCUAGUCGUGCCAAAAACAUCAAGAAUAAGCCUGAGGCAAACCAAAAAGUUUCAAAGGCUGUUUUGUUGAAGGACUUGUAUAUGGAAAUUGAGAGAAUGAAAGAAGAUGUGCGGGCUGCUAGGGAAAAGAAUGGUGUAUACAUUUCUCACGAAAGAUUUGCCAAGGAAGAAGCUGAAAAGAAGGCAAAAGAUGAGAGGAUAGAGCAACUAGAGAAUGACCUCAGCCUUAGUCAAAAGGAAGUUGACAAGUUCCGUGAGCUCUAUCUAACAGAGCAAGAACAGAAACUAGAUUUGGAAUGUGAACUGAAGGAUUGCAAGGAAAAAUUAGAAAAAACUAGCAACACCUUGCAAGAUCUCCAAGAGAACUACAGGCUGGUAGUUUCAACAUUGAAGGAGAAGGAACAUACAAUUUCCAAGCUACUGAAAUCAGAAAAUGCCUUAGUCGGGCGUGCGAAGGAAAUGUGUACUGAUCUGCAGAUCGCAUCAGAUCAUAUUGAUUCACUAUCCUCAAAAUUAGAUCAAAAAGAAAGGAUGGAGGCAGAAAAUCAAAAGAUAAUAUUGAAUUUUGGUUCUCUUCUAAACGAGGGCCUAAAAGACUUGCAGACAACCAUUGCUGGGUCUAUUAGUCAACAGCAGAAACAACUGAGGUGCAUGGAAGAUCAUGUCUCCUCAUUCCUCACCAGUAAAUGUGAAGCUACACAAUCUCUAGAAUCAAGGAUCAAGAAAAUGACUGAGAUUUAUACUUCAGGAGUAGAGACCUUGAAAGGUCUAGCCAAUACAUUACAUAUGAAAGCUUCGUCUGAUAUGGAGCAGAUGCAGUCUCAAGUUUCAUCACAGGCAUUGGCUGUUGAGGAGUUUCUUGGUACUGCUGUUCAUGAAGCCAACGAUGUUAUAUGCAAUAUCCAGAAUUCUCUUGCUGAGCAAAAGCAGCUACUAGCUUUCUCUAUCCAACAACAAGAAGAAGGAUUGCAACAAAGUUUGACUUCAGCACGAGUGGUUUCUGAGGCAACUGUGAACUUCUUUAAUGACAUUCAUCUGAGAUCUUCAAGAGUCAUGGAAAUUCUCGAAGAAACUCACAUUGAGAGGUCCAAUCAUUUAACUAAUUUUGAGAAGAAGUUCAAGGAAGAUGCUGUGAGAGAGGAAGAGAAAGCCUUAGAGGAAAUUGUAGCAAUUUUGGCGAGAUUGACUUCUAACAGAAUCACUAUGGUCUCAGAGGCAUCAAGAAAUAUGCAGGUCAUGAGUACAAAACAGUCCGAGAGACUCCAGCAUGAGAUGUUCAGCAUUCAGCAAGUUUCAAAAGAUGCAACUAAGGAACUUUGCGAAUAUGUUGAGAAUGCAAAAUGUCAUUUUGUGGAGCAGAUAUUCUCAGCAAAUGAAAUCAAAUCCAGCAUGGAAAAUUCUCUCUUGGAUUGCUCAAAGAAAGUGGACUGCUCCAGGCUGCAGUGGGAAAGUGCUCACAUGUCCUUAAACAAUAUCCACAAGCACAGUCUUGUAAAAUUUGAAUCUACAGUGAAGGAUAAUAUCAUUAAAAAUGAUGCUCUAAAUCGGGACUGUGUGUCUGCGUCAUUGACUUUGGAUUCAGAUUAUACUGCCGGAACUCGCAACUUGUUAACAGAUGUAAAUGGUGCACUAAUGCUAGACCACGAAACCAAGAGGGAAAUUGAUUCUAUGACUAAACAGUGGUUGGAACAGCUUAACUCUGUUCAACAGAAGCAUGAUGAAAAUAUAUCAAACAUCUCUGUCCAAGCAGAUAAAAGCCUUGUUUUAGAUUACGUGGUUGACAAGAAUACAAGUCCAACAUCCUAUAAAAGAACUGUGGUCCCAAGCCAUGCUUCCAUUGAGAAGAUGAGAACUCAGAUUACAGAAGACGGUUCCACGCUCAACCAUACAAAAUGGGAAAGCAAAAUUCCACUUCCAUCAGCAUCUCCAAAUCGGACACCAUUUGCAAAUGUGAAUUAAGGCAAUUGUUUAGUUAUCAUGUGUACAAGUAAAAAAAGCUCAUCAACUGAUGAGUACCACUCCCAUGUAUCCUAAACAUUUUGCAAUUUGUUAGCUUACUUUAGAAGAAUGAUAGUUGGUGAACAUUAUGAUGCUCGUGAACAUUAUUAUUAAGCGGUUUUUCGAGGAGUGAGAUUGGGCUGAAAGGGGUGGGAGUGUUUUGGUGAAUGAUGGAAAAUUGAAGGGCGGGGAAAAGAUAGCGGUGUUUUAGUCACAGCACAUCCUAGAAAUCGAUACAUUAAAUUCAAGCUCAAAUUUGAUAAUCAUUUUUAUUUUUGAAGAAAAAAACUAGUAAGGAAGAAAAUAGUA